ACGGAACGAAACGGGACCGGACGGAUCGUUUCUUCCGCUCGGCCGGCCGGAAGGUUGUGUUGGUUCUUUUGCUGUCUCACAAACAAACAGGCCCACCGAGAAAGAGCUAACACGAACCGCCUUGGUAUAGAUGAAAUAAGUCUUGGCCGGUGUGCAAACACACGUUCGUUGUCGAUGCAAAGCCGCCGCGGUCUCGGUGAACGAUCAUCGAACCGAAACGGUGUCGUUCUGGUGUGUUCUUGUGUGUUUCUGUUCGUUGUCGUGUGGUGUGGUGUGGUGUGAUUGGUGGGACAGAGUGUCAACAGAUCUUCGCUCUACAAGCGCGGUACGAGCACUCGUACGUCUACUACUGGUACUCCUACCGGUACGUACCGGUACGGAAGAACCGUAUGCCUUGUCGUCGAUGAAAUUUUGAUUUUGCGCCCGACCGUCCAGCCUUCGUCAGCAGGAUCGAGUACAUUUAGUCCUGGUAGCAGGGUAGGAUGGGAUCUAACUUAGUUUCAAAACAUUGGAUCCGAAAGGAUGAUUCCCACGAUCCUCUGGCUUCUAUUCUAUUUCUAGCUUGUUUGUCUUGUGUCUCUCCUUCAAUCAAAUCUUUCGUCGAACGGAAAUCUAAGGCAACUGCGAAGAGCAACCCUUCCGCGACAGACCACCAAUCCUUUCGUUGGAAACGCCACGCACUGCCGGCCAUUUCUCGCAACGCAGCGCACCGACAACGAGCAGUACCCGGAAAACGAUGGUGACGAUAUCCGAGGACGGAGCGAACCAGGUCGUUUGCCAGCUCCUGAGGCAGGGGUACUUCGAAACGGACGAUCGGCAAACGGUGCAACCCGGCGAUUGUGGCAGCGACGACUUUGAGAGCUACCAGAACCGGGUGAGGCGCCACCCGAAGCAGGGGAGGCCGCAUCCCCGGGAGCCAGAGGGACCGGGCCCUUGUGCAAGCACGUCUUGCGCCGCGGACCCGGUGCUGGAAUCCAGGUGCCAGCGGCUGAUCCCUUCCGUCACCCCCGGCGCCGGCGUCGGCUACUACACCCCGGGGGGCCUCGCCCGCCACCUGUUGCGGGAGCUCGGCGAGGGGCGCUCGUCGCUCGGGGACCUCUGCCGCGGGCUGGGCGUGGACCUGGACGUGGGCGUGGGCGUGGACGCGGAGACGGAACGCCCGGCUUGCCCCUCGCGGGCGGCGAUCCUUUGGGAGGCUCUGUCGGAGGAAGCGGAAUCCCGUGCGGCAACGAUCCUGGGGGGCGCCGGAAGGAUGCCCGGAGCGGAACUCGUGUCGGACGGCUACUGGAAAAGGAUUCUCACCGAGAUUGCCGGGCGGGUCGAGGCCGAGGGAAGCGUGCCGAUCUCCGAUCUGGCGAACUCCUACGCUCUGCCACGGGACGAACUCCUGUGCCGCCUCGGAUCCCUUUCCGGCAGCAGUGGCACCGGGUCCGGCCCGCGGCUGGUGGACGACUCCAAGCGCUUGGUCUCGGAGCGGUACCUGCGGUCCCUCCGAGAAACCGUCGUCGAAUACUUUGCCGGCCUCCGGGAGCCCACACAGAUCGUUUCCGUGUGCGAGGACCGGGGAUGGGAGCCGGACCGCGUCCUGGAGUGGCUGGCGGACGAGCUGCGGGAAACCGCCCGAGCGGGGCACGGCGGAUCCCUGCGGGGAGAGAUCCACGCCGAUGGGGGGGCGGGCGGACGGGCGGCCGUCUACCUGCCCACCUCCUACAGGCACAAGCAACAGCAAGAAAUCCUCGAGUUUGUGGCCGCGAACGGGUACCUCGCGGUGGACCGGGCCGUUCGGAACUACCCGCAGGGCCUGCUGCCGGGGCAAAUCAGGGACCUGGUGGAAGAGUCCUUUCCCGGCGUGGUGGGACUCGGCCACGGGCCGUCUGCCGUUCUGGUCACCGAGUCCACCCUGCAGCAGGCCAAAGCAAGCAUCGAGGACUUUUUGUCUUGCCCGAAGGCGAGGUCGGAGAGCCUGGAUCUGGGGGAUUGCCUUCCCGCGCACCUGACGGAAUCGCCCGCACUGGUGUCCGGCCUCCUCGAGAGGAUCGGCUUCGCCUCGUCCCCGGACGGCGUAGCCGUGAUCGAGGAGGACCGGGCGAUCGUGGUGGGAAACGAACUGGUGCAGCUCAUCAAGGACCGCUGCCUGCCACGCCUCGUGCAGGAAUACGGAAAGGACCGGGCCGCCUCGAUGUUUCGGGCCGAGCUGGAUGGCGGCGGCGAAGACGAGGACGAGGACGACGAAAACGAUGAAGGAAAGAAAACGAGCAGAAAGGCCCAUAGGUCCUCGAGAUCGAAACGAAAGGCCAGGGCCUCGAAGCAGAGCACCCACAGGGGCGGAAAACCACCAAAGGCCGGUGUCUCGGCGGGCGUCGUUCCCCUGUCGAGUGUUGCGGCGGCGGUGGUGGAUGCCUACCCUUCUUUCCUAGAGGAAAACGUGACCCCCGACGACGUCCGGGCAGACACGGGCGUCGACUGGGAGGGCGAUCCGGGCGAGGGCCAAAACUGCCCCCUGGUGCUCUACCGGUUUUGCAGGGAGGUCCUCUACUCUGAGGCACUCCUCGCGCAGUGCUCUCGGGCGGUCGACGCCGAACUGGUGCGGCUGCGGUCCGAGAAGACCUCCAAGGCGAAACUGAGCCGCAGGGAUGCCGCGGCCAAGGUCCGGACCGUGGAAGCAGCCUUCCAGGACGCAUUUGUGGCCCUGUGCUACCUGAUACAGGCCCAAGCGAAGUUUCUUGCAUUUGCCGAGAACUGCGCGGAGGGAGUCUUCGACGAGGCAUCCAUGGAAAGGCUGAGAGACGAGUUUCUCCGGGGGCCGUGUGCCGACCUCACCAGCCGAAUCACCCAGCAUUGCUUGUUCCAAGAAGAAGCGGGGGAAGAUUGCUUGUUUACCUUUUCGGAUCCUUCGGAAAAGCGGCAAGGCGACACAACCGACGACGAAAACGACGACAACGACGACGAGGAACCGCCCGUUUCGAAUGCCCUUCCCCAAUACUGUGCGGAGGUAGACAUCGCGGCCCGUCGCUACCCCAGGAGCUACUUGUCGUCGCCCCCACCCAGGGAACCACUCCCCGUGCUGCGGGAAAGCUUCUCUGGCAAUACGGGCACCGUGCUGGCCAAGACAUGGGUCUUGUGUGGAGGACACUGCUACAGGGGCGGGGUUCGUCCGGUGGACCGUGACGACCGCAGCCGGGGCACCUACGUCCGCCCCGGGAGCGUCGACGGCUUUUUGUCGUACGUCGAGGAAAACUGUCUGGUCCUGUGCGGGCUGCCCUUUCGGAAGCUCGACAAAAAGGCCGAGAAGGCCCUCUUGUUCUCGCGGAAACGAACGCUCACCGACAAGCUGGCAAACGCGGACGCGGACGCGGACCCCGCCGGCGUGCUGGAAGGCACGGUCGCGAUCCUCUUCCAGCAGGCGAGGAACCUGGUGGCGUCCGGGUCCCUGCUCCGCGGGCCCAUCCUCGAGGCCCUGUGCGGGGARCGAAAAAUCCCGUCCCCCGURGCGUUUGCGCUGAGGCGAUUGAAGGGUGCGAUCGACGAUCCCGGUGCCCAGAUCGACGACGAACUGGUGGCCUUUGUGAAGGAGUUUGGUCUCACCCGAGACAUUCACAAGUACGACACGGCUCCCCUAGAGGCCUUUCUCGCGAAGCAGUAGRAGAGAAAUUCUAUCAUUGUUUUUCAAAAAAAAAAGGUCGCAUGCUACCGUUCGGAACAUUGGCACGAAUUCCCGCGCCAAUCAGCGCGAGUCCAGCUAGGGCUCUGUUUCGAACUCCAUUUAUUUGCUUGGUAGAAUAUUCGUCCGGAAUCAACUGCAGUGAUCACUACAACUGUCAAAUCAUGACUUCACAUCUCGAAAKAAAAAGGUGAUCGAUUACUCUUCAUGGAAUCGUCUCAACUCCUCGGGCAUGACGCUGUCAUUGAAACCUAGGCGCCGAUCCGUUUGGAGGAUCCAUCCUAGUAACCUAUGGUAGGAUUCCCUGUUAAAAAUCGCAAAUCAAGGGAGAAAUAGUCAAUACGAAGUUCGUAAUGUACGAGCUUACUGCUUUUAUUGCUAAUUUUGUUCUAAAUCUUUGAAAAUCCUACUGGGGUCUGCUGUGCAACCCGAAACUGCCGGCGUGCUGAUUCCUUCAGCAAACGGUUCUUUUCAUUCUAUCGAAAACUUGGUUGAAAGCGACCGAGCAUGGGAAUCUGGUUUUCARGCACUUUCACUCUCUCUUCUGMGCUGUAACUAGAAUCAAUCAAUCCAUGUUUU